GAAUAGCCGAUCGCCCGAUCAAACCUACGACAGCUGGGUGAUGGAUGGACCGAGCGCCUACUGCGGUGGACUGUGGCUCGCCAGUCUGCACUGCAUGGCAACCAUGGCUAGCCUGCUGGAUCAAACCGAAGACGCCGCCAACUACCAGGCGAUCCUGGAUAAGGGAAAGCGUUCGUUUGAGGAAAAGCUGUGGAAUGGCACGUACUACAAGUUCGAUGCGCAGAGUGCCUCGAAGAAUAGCAUCAUGUCGGAUCAGCUGUGUGGCCAUUGGUAUCUGCGGGCCUGUGGCUUCGAUUACGAUGUGUUUCCCAAGGAGAACGUCCGCUUGGCGAUGCGUACGAUCUACGAGAACAAUGUGAUGCGCUUCUGCGGUGGCAAUCUGGGUGCGGUCAAUGGGUACGUGCCGAAUGCACAACCGAACAAGGAAGGUCGUCCCGAUGUGUCCAACAUCCAGGGCGAGGAGGUGUGGACGGGUGUAACGUAUGCGCUGGCAGCCACCAUGAUCCACGAAGGCAUGUUCGAGGAAGCGUUCCAAACGGCCGGUGGCCUAUAUCGCUCGCUGUCGGAGAAGAUCGGUAUGAACUUUGAGACGCCGGAGGCGGUGUACGCCGAACGGCAUUAUCGUGCCAUUGGAUACAUGCGUCCGCUGAGCAUAUGGUCGAUGCAAACGGCAUGGGAAUUGCGGAAACUGCGACGUGAUUAGAGAGGGGAAGCGUGUUCUACGAGCGCUCGGAUUGAUAGCUUUGUUUUUUUCGUUUCGGUCAAUGAACAGACAAAAAAUGUUCGCUCAAAGCUUAGCCCAGAGCCUUUACCUAGGUACUAUAGUAGUCUGCCGAUGGAGGGUGCUAAUAACUAUUCGGAGAUCAAAAUUACAUUUAUUUUAUUAGAAUUUUGAACAAACCAAGCUUAGCGAGUGGCUUGUUUGCGUGUAGGAGUUGAAAAGUAUGUUUUCCAUUUCUAGCAUCAGCAUUUACCUUAAGCUAGCAGGUCAGUUCUAGGGGUCUAGUCAUUAAGUGUCUUCGAUCGAUCGAAGAGAAUUGUCAAGGAACGUUCAAAAGCGGUGCCCAUAUCCGUUUAUCGGUUAUCUAUUAUCACUAUCUACCAUGUAUCGCCAUCAAUUCAUUAGGUGUGUUACUGUAACUGUCUUGAUACUGCGGUUUCGCGAACUCUCACCUGAAUCUAACCCAUGACCUGAACGCGAAGGAUGCAAGUAUGUCUGUCGAUUACUCCUCGUCUCGUUUCCGGGGCACAUUACGAACGUUUCGUGGCUAUAAUGGAAGAUGACGGCGCUAAGCCCGCUAUGGUCGUAUUACUACCGGUAAUGCGGAGUGCUGCAAGUGCAAGUAAACGUAUAUUUUGUGGAUCAUUUUCGCGCAAACAGUAGGUGCAUAAUGUAUGUAUGUGUAGGGUGCUAAAACAAAAAAAAAAACACCGCGACGUAAACUCAUUAAUAACGAUGUAGGCCAUUAUAAUCACCCAUCUAUCA